AUGAGUAAAGUAAAAUCGCCUAAAAAGCAAAUAACGAAAAACCCAAAAAAAUCUGGAAAUGGAUUGGCAAUCAAUGAUGGAUCCUUAAAUAUGAUUAUAAAUGACAAAAGUAUUGAUGAAUCUAAAGAACUAUUAGAUCAAUCUGCAAGACUAUUAGAUGAUAACAUAAAACUAUUGAAGAAAGUGACUUUAACAGAUAAUCCAAUUAUUUUAAAAAAUGAAAGUACAUUGAGGAAAUAUGGACUGACUCGUAGAGAUUCAUCCAAAUCUAACUUUUGCGAUAUCGACCGCGAUUUUACAGAUCCAGACAGCAUAUCAAUUUCAAGUUCAGAGUUGCGUAAUGCGGAUAAAGAAAUAUCAGAUUUAUUCGAUAAAGAACUUUCGUUGAUGAAUGUUGACUUAACACCAAAGCUAAAGGAUGUUUCAAAGUUUAAAUAUUUUAAGAAUCAAAUUUUGCCUGAAGGAAAAACUGAAAAGCCACUUGAAUACAUAAUUCCAACAAAACCUACACACUUAGUUAACGGAUAUUUAAAAAAUAACAUAUUUACAACUGAUGUAAUUGAUCCGAACAAAAAAAUGGAACCUAUCACUUCAGAAACAACUGAAAUUAUAAAAAAUAGCAAGAAAACUAAAAGAUCUGGAGCUAAAGUAUAUUUAAAAACUGCUUCUACAGGACUAGAAAGAGAACAAAGUAAACCCUUUCAUACUAGCAACGAUUUGCAUACAAGAAAAGAAAAGGUGCUAUCAAAACAGAAAGAUGAUUCGAUUGAACAAAAUAAUAUAAGCUCAAAUCAAAACCAAAAUACUGUUCUAUCUGAACCUGACACCGGCAAUUCCAUUGAGAAAACACAAAUGGAUGAAAACACAAUUAAAAACAAUGAAAACUCAAAUAACUCUGCGAAAGUGGAAGAGGUUGUCCAGAAGCGAAAAAUACAAAAUGCACCGUUUCUAACAUACAAAGAAAUGCUAAAACAAAAUAAAAGAGAUGUGCUUAAGAAGAAAUCUGGUAUUAAAGAUGUGAAGAAAAAGGUUUCCCAAUCAAUAAAAGAUGAUGCUGAGGAAGAUAUGGAGAAAUUGUUAAAACAAAAUGAAAAUAAUAUAUCAUUGAAAAUGACUGAAGAGGUAGAUAAAGUCAGAAAGAUAGAUUUUCCAUCAGUAGAGAAUAAUGUUGGAGAUGAGAUUCAUGGAUUGCUAAAACAUAGUAAGAGAGGCACGAUAGGAAAGAAAUCGAAGGUGGUUAGUAUUGAAAAGAAGAAAGAUUCUCAAGCAAUAGAAAAUAAUGCUGAGGAUGAUUCUGAGGGGCUGAUAGAACAAAACGAAAAUGAUAUGCUUAAGAAAAAACCAGAUGCGGUUAAUAAAAUGAAACGAACUGAUUCUCAACCAAUGCAAAAUAAUGCUGAUGUUGAGAUUGAGUUUGAGGAAUUGCUAAAAAAAAAUAAAAAGGAUAUCAUAAAGAAGAAAUCCGAUGUGGUUAAUAACAUGAAGAAAAAGGAUGUGCAACAAAUCAAAAAUAAUGCAGAGAAUGAUAUGGAGAUAUUAUUCCAACAAAAUAAAAGUAAUAUGUUAAAGAAGAAAGCAGAUGCGAUUAAUGCACAGAAGAAGGACUUUCAAUCAACGAAAAAUAAUGUUGACGAGAUUGCGAAAUCUCCUAUCUCCAGAAGAGUUGAAAUAAGCACAGAUGAUAGUUUAAAAAUUUCUAAGAAAAAUUCAUAUUUCAAAAAGAAAGCAAAAGCAUCGGAAGAAGAAAACUCUUUGCACACAUACAAGAAAUUGCAAAUGAAUUUAGCAAAAGAUAUUUUUAAAGAAAACAAACAAGCAUAUGAUCCUCUUAAUGACCGUGUUGAGAAACUCACAAAUAACAGAAAACAAAUAAACAUAGAUAACGAUUCACAAAUUUCUCCAACAAUUGAAGAUACGACCAAGACUUCAAAUAUUCGCGCACUUUUGGACAAGAAAAAAGGAAAAUAA